ACUUCCAACAGGUGUGUUCUUCUCUCUCUCUCUCUCUCUCUUAGCCAUGUCUCCAUGCAAGAUCAUGAAGUGCAACUCCGAAUUUUUAGCCGCAACUUCAGGGACGCAGCCCCCAGCCGCUGAGGAUGCUCCUGAGUUCUGCACUGCCUUGCGCGCCUAUGCCCUCUGCACCCACCACACGGCUCGCACCUGCCGGGGAGACCUCUUCUACCACUCUGCAGUCCACGGCAUUGAUGAUCUCAUGACCCAACACAACUGCUCCAAAGAUGGGCCCACCUCCCAGCCUCGCCUCCCGCCGCUGUCCCGGGGCGACAGCCAGGAGCGCUCAGACAGCCCCGAGAGCUGCCAUUACGAACGUAGCUUCCACAAACACUCCUUGCGCCCCAACUACACCCACUGUGGGCUGUUUGGAGACCCCCACCUGCGGACAUUUUCGGACAGCUUCCAGACAUGCAAAAUCCAAGGGGCCUGGCCGCUCAUUGACAACAACUACCUGAAUGUGCAAGUCACCAAUACUCCUGUCUUGCCUGGUUCCCUGGCAACGGCCACCACCAAGCUCACUAUCAUUUUCAAGAGCUUCCAGGAGUGUGUGGAUCAAAAAGUGUACCAGGCAGAGAUGGAUGAACUCCCAGCAGCCUUUGCUGAUGGCUCGAAGAAUGGUGGUGACAAGCAUGGUGCCAACAGUCUGAAGAUCACAGAGAAGGUCUCUGGCCAACACAUUGAGAUCCAGGCCAAGUACAUUGGCACCACCAUCGUAGUGAGGCAAGUCGGUCGCUACCUCACUUUUGCCGUCCGGAUGCCAGAGGAGGUCGUGAAACCUGUGGAGGAUGGAGACAACCAGGGCCUCUAUCUUUGCCUCCGGGGUUGUCCAUUUAACCAGCAGCUAGAUUUCCAUGCCUUCCCUCCCACCCCAAAGGCUACUGAAAACCGCCCUCACCGGAAAGGCUCAAAUCCAUCUUCUUCACCGGAGGUGUUUACCUAUGAAUUGGCCACAGCCAAAUGCAAAGAGAAGCUUCCAGUUGAGGAUUUGUACUUCCAGUCCUGUGUCUUUGAUCUCUUGACAACCGGCGACGUCAACUUCACACUUGCUGCUUAUUAUGCUUUUGAAGACGUCAAGAUGCUCCACUCCAACAAAGACAAGCUUCACCUGUUUGAAAGGACACGAGACUUGGAGUCAGGUGGUAUGGCCACCUCCGAGCUUUCCAUGGCUCUAUUUCUUUCGCUCUUGGCAUUUCUCUGCUUGAAUCAAAGUCCAUCCCUUUUCUUGUAGACUGGUCUAGACCCACUUGGUUGAGCUGGGAAACCAAGGAACGCUGUUAUGGUUUGGGGCAGGUGUGAAACUGAAGCAAAUGGGGAUUGUGUUGACCCAGGUACGUCUAGAAAACACGACUUUGGAUCUUCCUGUCAACAUCUUCCUGUCAACAAAAUCUUCCUCCAUGUGGAAGGGUUGUCAGAGGUCCCAUCAGCCAUGUUUCUUCUUCCUCCAGUUGCUACAGAUGAUGGAGAGCUCUUCCUUCUCACUUUUCUUGAAUGCCUUUUUUCACUGGCGACGGCAUUUGUAUAAUAGUGUUUGGAGAGGCAACCGGAACUGUUGCUCCUGGACUGGGCAUAUAGUGCUUGGAGAUUACAGAAGACCGUUCAAAGACUCUCUAAGUGGGCCAGACAUAGGCGAGUCCCAUGACCUUGGGGCCUGCUUUUGCAUCCUACUCAUGAAAACUGGGCUCGCGUAGUUGCAUCCUUGUGCAUGGGAGCCUGCUGUUGCACACCUCUCUCCAGUUUGGCUUGGGCAGCUGCUGGCAGCUGCUGUUGGUUGGUUGAGUGGGUGCCGUGGAACUAACCUGCAAGGUUUUGAUUGUCCCUUUGCCUCCUCUGGGCAGACGCCACCCCUACAAACUCAUUUCCUUCCUCGCUCACUCUAUUUUGGUCUCCUUCAUAGAAAAUGGCUUCCUUUCACCUUGGCAGAGGAUGAACCGGGGAGGAGUGGGUGGGAUGACCUGGUUUCAUGGGCAAUGUGAGCCGAUUGUGUUUCUUUCCAACUCUUGGGCGUGGAUCGAGAAUCACAAAGCUUCUCCUGUUUUCAAACUCGUUGUCCACUCCUGUUCUGGUACUUAGGAAAAUAAGCUAGGGAACUAGGCCAGUAUAACUCCAGUCUGUGUCGCUCUAGGUGCAAAUCUUCUGGAUUACAUAAUCCUCAAGUCUUUCAUUUUUGGAAAACAAACCAUGCCAAUCCAUAGGAGAGCUGGAACAUCUUUUUCAGUGGUGCUGGUUUUCAGACCGCAGUUGCACAUUCUUCUCCAAUGACUUGUCCCUUCCUGCUUCUGCAGAGGGCAUGAUGAGUUGCUCCGGUCACUCCCCCUGCUGAGAAGGCUACCUGCUGAGUUGGUGGCAUUACUCUACCAAUCAGGUCUUGUAUUAUAGAACAGAAUUCUUUAUUGGCCGAGUGUGAUUGAACACACAAGGAAUUUGUCUCUGGUGCAAAAGCUCGUAUUGCAUAAAAAACAAGUAUUGGGUCAUAGGUCAUAAUCAUAAAUCAAUUAUCGUCAGGAAGCUCACACCAAAUUGACUGGCAAUUUAUAAAAAAAAAUUGGGCUGCGCAUUUCCCACAAGGUGGGUAGGCCUCAUAAACAAUGCCAUUGUUUUAUUCGAGGGAUGAAGGUGGAGGUGGAAGGUCUGCCUCAGUAUUCUGGAAAUACCGUUUUACAAAAUGCAGCUUCUUUAGGUCCGUGUUUUUCUUUGGCAACACCUGAGCUAAGGAAUCUCUGAAUCAUUAUGUUGGGUUUAGGUCAAGGUGCCAGAUGAGAAGUCUCCCAUCCUAAAACUGAUCCCUGUCUAUUUUGAAUACACCAUAGUGGGUGUAUUCCCAUUCUUGGGGACAUAUUGGGUGGGUGUGUUUGCUGUGUAUAUUGACAACAUGCAAGUUUUAGGGAAACCUUUGAAAGUGAGCUCAAUCUGCUCCCAAAUUGUGAACCGUAUCUGUCCAUCACACCAGCAGAAGGACAUCCAGAUAGAUAUACACAAAGCCUUGUUUUCACAUGCUUCUUGGAGAAAUCAGUGACUUGUUUCUACCAAGAACAUUCCAAGUUCAUUGGGCCAAUGUUCAUUGUCUGACUGCCAUUUUCAUCCCAGUUUCACCGUGGGCAAUACCCAUUCAGCAAAGAAACACAAGGGUGUAGCCACUGGAUGCAGGUGUUUGCUUGUUAUGAUACAUAGAGUGUUGUGUUGGUUCAGUGUGAGUGAGCAAAGAGAUGGGAUUCCCCUGCUUCCUUCCUAAAAUAUUAAAAGGAAUACUUUUAUUACUUCUCUUCAUGAUUGGUUCAUCAGUGGACAUGAAUGUCUUCUCCAUUGCUUUGUGUCAGUUUGAGGAAACCAAAUUGGGGCCACUUAGAGAGGGUCCUAGGGGAGACCGGGUGCUCUCUUGCCACAUUUUCAGAUGUCUAGAAAGUCCAGGUGGAUGUCUCUCUCUGCCCACAUUUUGCCCCAAAGUACCAGGAGCAAAGAAUGCUGUGAUCUUACUUAAAUGGUAGGUCAGAAUGUCGUGUGAAUGGUUCAUCCCACAGGACAGGUAGUCCUUGACCUACGACCACAAUGAAGCCCAAAAUUUCUUUUGCUAAGGGAGACAUCUUUUAAGUGAGCUUUGCCCCAUUUUAUGGCCUUUCUUGCCACCGUUGUUAAGUGAAUCACUCCAGUUGAUAAGUUCUUAACCUGCUUGUUAAGGGAACCUGGCUUCCCCUUUGACUUUGCUGGUCAGGAGGUUGCAAAAGGGGAUCCCACAACCUUGGGGCUCAGUUGCCGAGCCGCUGAGUGUUGAUCACAGGAUCAUGAGGAGGCUUCAAAGGUUGUAACUGAAAAAUGGUCGUAAGUCACUUUUUUCAGUGCCGUUGUAACUUUGAACAGUCACUAAAUGAACUUUUGUAAGUUGAGGACUUCCUGUAUUGUCUCCACCAAGAUGCUUACAAUCCUCCACCUUCUAAAGUUGCAACUGCAAUUGCUCUGAGAGUGAUUGCAAACUUGUAGUCUAGAUGGACCAUCUCCAACUUUUGUGUAGGUGUUCACAACAAGCUAGAAGGACACCACAAACAUCACUAUAUAAUUGCACCCAUAAUGAAAUCACAACACAGGUGACAUUCUGUGCAAACAGAUUAUUCCUACCGUGGCCUUUUUGAUUUUACGGUGGAUAUCCCAAUAUAUUUGGAGAAGAAAGAUAGGAAAUCUGACUCGGUACUAGUUCAAUAGGUGUCCCAGGUUGGCUGCCAUAGUUUUCAUUUCAUUACAGAGCCUGGUGGCACUGAGAGAGAGGGGGUGAAUAUUCUCCACACAGUGCUUGGUUGCCAGGAUUUAUCACCAUUGACCCUAUUUAGGUGGCAUUUCAGGCAAGUUGGCUUGGAGUAAAAAUCCUAGAUGGUAGGUAGAUCCCAGGGAUGAGUGACUGUGAAGAGUGAAGAUCAGCUUGCCUUCAUAAUUCAUGCAUCGUUGCAUAAACCGAUAGCACCCAUUUCCAUUCAGUUCUGAAACACAAUCCAUUAACACAAAGGUCACCCAGCUUUUCCAAAUGUCCAUCAUUUAUUUCUUGAAGCUUCUUCCAAGCUGUGACAGAAGAAAUGCAGUGUGAUUUUUUAAAAAUCUUUUUUGCCAAAGUAGCAUUUAGGGAACCGGAUAAACCGUAUAUGAAAUUGCUAAACCAUAUUGCUAACUACAACUAUAACUCCCCUGCCAAUGAUGUCACUACAGGAGGAGGGGGACUUUAAUCCAAGUUGACUGGCUAUUAUCAAAAUGGCAUUUCAUUUUAGCAUUUCAUAAAUCAAAAUUCUUGAAAAGAGUAAAAUUUAACAAAUUGGGAAGUUUUUCUUAACCAAUUGUCAUCUUCCAUUUCCCUCAACUUAUUUCUCUGAUUACAGUGAGCUCUAAAACCAUUUCCCAGGUGUUGGAAUAUUGUUUUUUAACCCUCUAGUUAUUAACAAAGCACUUUAUUUUGUAUUAUCUCCAGUCAUAUUUUGGCUUCUGAGUGAAUUCAGCCUAUGAAGACCCAAGAGGCUCUGAAUGAAAAUCUGAAUAAAAACAGGGAAAGCGUUUAACAAAUACACUGCCUCCCUCUCCAGCUUAUUGCAUGUGUGUGGAAAUUGUAUGGGGUGUUGUGAUGUAAAUAUUGUAAAUUAUUUAUUGAAU